AUGGAUAUGACAGAAAUAAGUGAUGAAAUACCCGGAGAAGUUGCGGAAGUCCAGGAGGAAGAACGUUGGAAGAUAUUUUUCGACGGAUCGUCCUACGGCUCUUAUGGAGGAGCAGGGAUAGUAUUUGAGACGCCCAAGAAAGAAUUAUUAUCAUUCGCUUUUAAGCUGGACUUUGAAUGUAGCAACAAUGUCGCAGAGUAUGAAUCUUUGAUUCUUGGGUUACGAAUGGCCGAGGAACUCAAUCUAGGGGCAAUCGACGUCAAGGGAGACUCGAAAUUGGUCACAAACCAAAUAUCGGGUGAUUUUCAGGUAAAAGAGGCACAUUUUGCACCAUACAGAGCGGAAGCUCAAGAACUAAUAGCGAGGAGAGGAAGUACCAUCAUCGAGCAUACUGGAAGAUCCACCAACAAGCAUGCAGACGCAUUGGAUACCUUAGCAUCCAAGCUACAGUUAAACGAAGCCGACGAAGGCACCAGAGUGGUAAAAAUAAGAGCACUACCUAGCACAUGGAAAGAAGAUGCAUCGUUCGAAUUAAAGGAUGAUUGGAGAACAACAUACGUCGAAGAUCUGACUAGAGAGGCGGAAGAUCAGUUGUUGCCCGUUAAAGUGUUGAAACAAUUUGUUGUAAUCCGGGGAGAAUUAUACUUCCGAACUUCCGGAGGCGCUUUAUCACGAUGUGUAGGAAAGCCAGAGGCGCAGGAAAUACUAAAUCGCGUCCAUGAAGAAUCAUGCGGACAAACAGGAGGAAUCCUGUUGUACCGACGGCUACAGAGGAUGGGCGUAUAUUGGCCAAAUAUGGCAGUCCAAGCAGCGGUAGUCCAGGAUAAAUGUGAUGAUUGUCAAGCACCCCCAUAG